AUUAAUUUACUACGAGAAUCUCUCCUUAUGAACAUUCGAUUGAAAACCGUUUAGUUAAAAGGCAUUUAACACGCUAGUGGGUAGAUGGGCUUGCGUAGGUGUCAUGCUCCGCAUUACGAUUAAUUGACGUGAUGUCGUCACGACUUUCCUCUACAAAAUAGAAUGAUUGAGGUAAGGGAGAGUUGGCACAUUUGAUUUCUUUUCUUUUCAAGCCCAACCAUACCUCCCCUGCAUAGGUGUCUAGGUAAUCUUUAUUAUGUUAAGCUUUUUUGCUUGGCUGUACGCCGCUAUAUGCGAAUAUUUUUUACCGUCAUCCCCGGACGCGCCGCCCGCGUCUCGGAACGAUAGUCUCAGGUUUUCGGUUGAGGAAAGCAGCGGCCCAUCAUCCGAGGUUAAUAAGACCCUCUAUAUCACGUCGCAUGACCGCCAUACCCCGCUGUCGCCGCCACCGAAUUUGCAGUAUGAUUUACGGUUCAUACCGAAUCCCCCGUUAUCUCUACGAGAGACGCAUACGGGCCAUUCUCGCCACAUACGGGAUGGUCUUUCAUGCGAACCUAGGUUCCGCGAAAUACUAAACCAGGCUCAAUCUGAUAUUCGCGGCGCCGUGGAGACCGCCGAGAAGAGGAGAGAUGGAAAAGAAGGAAAGGACAUAUCGAUACGCGUCGGCUGUCUCUGCGGGAGCGGCCAUCAUAGAAGUGUGGCGUUUUCGGAGCAACUUGCGCAGAUGGAAUGGCCGAAGGGUUGGAAAUUGGAACUAACACAUCGGGACUUGGUACCAGAGGUUAAGAAGGAAAAGGCGCGCGAGAGAAAAAGGAGGAGACCUUGA